UGGGGCAAUAUAUUACAGUACUAGAUUCUUCGAAGCCUUGGUGGAUUUCUGCUCCUCUCUCCAAAGCUGAGCUCAAAGGCUGUAUGGACGCCGGCGGCUCAGAUUCCAGUGGUCGUGACUUCGAGACCGCUGACGAGAUGUGGCGGGAACAAGCGGGUGAUCCAGACAAGAAGACUGAGUGGUAUCGUCACGGGGUUGGCUAUUGGGAGGGUGUGGAGGCAUCGGUGGACGGGGUAUUGGGAGGAUUUGCAAAUGUGAAUGAACCUGAUAUAAAUGAUAGUGAGGCUUUCCUGAAAAUGGUCCUGUCUGAGCGGUUUCCUACUGGUGUAAAAGACCGACCGAUCGUUGCUCUUGACUGUGGUUCUGGCAUCGGCAGGGUCACCAAAAACCUUCUUAUUAGGUACUUCAAUGAGGUCGACCUCCUUGAGCCAGUAUCACAUUUCUUAGAGGCUGCACGAGAAACUUUGGCUUCCGGAAAUCAUAUGGAUUCAGAUAUUCAUAAGGCAGUUAACUUUUAUUGUGUGCCUCUUCAGGAUUUUACACCAGAUACUCAAAGAUAUGAUGUUAUAUGGAUCCAGUGGUGCAUUGGUCAUCUCACAGACGAGGACUUUGUGUCUUUUUUCCAAAGGGCAAAGGUUGGCCUCAAACCUGGUGGUUUUUUAGUCCUCAAGGAGAAUAUUGCAAGAAAGGGAUUUGUGCUAGACAAUGAUGAUCGGAGCAUUACAAGAUCUGAUUUAUACUUUAAAGAACUCUUUUCUAGGUGUGGAUUGCAUAUUUUCAAAAUAAAGGAUCAAAGGGGAUUCCCUGAGGGAUUAUUUGCUGUAAAGAUGUAUGCCUUAACCACGGAUGUUCCAAAGAAGGUUCACCGCACCAAGUCUAAAGUACGAGCUAAUAGACCUAGACCCAGAAUAAUCAAGUGAGUAUUUUGUUUUUUAGAAUCAAUGAAGGUAUAGUAGAUGAUUAAGGCUCCCUUCGGAUGGAUUCUUAUUGGAGCUUGUCACGUGAUUUUGUUAUGACUUUAUUAUGACGCUUGUGAAGCGUUUAUAAAGUAGCUUCAAUCUUAUUUUGAACUCAUGAUUGGAAAGAAAAAUUCUUAUUUUUUUUUUUCUCGAA